GGAGCGGCGAGGCCGCCGCGUGGGACCGUCGGUCUCUUGAUGAGCUCUCGGGUGUGAUAGGUGUACAGCUGGUGGUUACCAUGGUAAUGGCUAGUGUUAUACAGAAGAUCAUACCUCACUAUUCUCUUGCUCGUUGGCUUCUCUGUAGUGGCAGUUUACGGUGGUAUCAACAUCCCACUGAAGAAGAACUACGGAUUCUUGCAGGGAAGCAAAGAGGGAAGAGCAAAAAAGACAGAAAAUAUAAUGGUCAUAUUGAAAACAAGCCCUUAACCAUUCCAAAAGAUAUUGAUCUUCAUCUGGAAACAAAAUCUGUGACAGAAAGGGACACUAUUGCACUGCAUUAUUUUCCGGAAUAUCAGUGGUUGGUGGAUUUCACUGUUGCAGCUACAGUUGUGUAUGUGGUGACAGAAGCCUAUUACAGCAUUGUGAAGCCCUCACAGGAAAUGAAUAUCAGUGUAGUGUGGUGUCUGCUUGUCUUGGCUUUUGCGGUUAAGGUACUGUUUUCAUUGACUACCCAUUAUUUCAAAGUUGAGGAUGGAGGUGAAAGAUCAGUCUGUGUCACCUUUGGUUUUUUCUUCUUUGUGAAAGCAAUGGCGAUUCUCAUUGUGACAGAAAACUACCUAGAGUUUGGACUGGAAUCAGGUUUCUCAAAUUUCUCUGAAAGUGCUAUGCAGUUUCUUGAAAAACAAGGUUUGGAAUCCCAGGGUCCUGUGUCUAAACUAACCUUCAAAUUGUUCCUGGCUGUUCUGUGUUCACUUAUUGGUGCUUUUUUGACAUUCCCUGGCUUGCGACUGGCUCAAAUGCAUCUGGAUGCUCUGAAUUUAGCAACAGAAAAAAUAACACAAACAUUGCUACACAUAAACUUCUUGGCACCUUUAUUUAUGGUUCUACUGUGGGUAAAACCAAUCACUAAGGACUACAUCAUGAACCCCCCUUUGGGCAAAGAGAGCAUUCCUUUAAUGUCAGAAGAUACGUUUGACACUGUCAGGUUAUGGAUUAUAAUCCUGUUGUGCGCUUUGCGGUUGGCUAUGAUGCGCCAUCAUUUGCAGGCCUACCUGAAUUUAGCCCAGAAAAGUGUGGAUCAGAUGAAAAAGGAAGCUGGCAGAAUAAGUAUGGUUGAUUUACAGAAAAUGGUGGCUCGGGUAUUCUAUUAUCUUUGUGUAAUUGCACUGCAGUAUGUUGCACCAUUGGUAAUGCUCCUUCACACAACUCUGCUCUUGAAAACACUAGGUAAUUAUUCCUGGGGCAUCUACCCAGAACUGAAUUCUGACACUCCAGUAGAAAACAGUCUUCCCAGUUCUGUUUCUUCUGAGUCUCCACCUGCUGAUGGAAAGAUGAAAGUAACAGUAGUACAAAUAACCAUGGCUUUGGGAAGUCUAAAGAAUAUUUUCACUCCUCUCCUGUUCCGGGGACUCCUGUCUUUCCUCACCUGGUGGAUUGCUGCUUGCCUUUUUUCUACAAGCCUUUUUGGGCUCUUCUAUCACCAGUACCUGACUGUGGCAUGAACAGGUCAACUGACAAAGCAAGUGUGAGGUCAAAUGCUAGAUACAAACCCAGGUACCCAAGAGGAGUUGAAGAGAAAAGAAAACUAUAUAUGAAGAGAAAACAUAUCAUAAUUGUUUUUAAGCACUUCCUCUGUGUUCUCAGGGUGAAUAAUCUUAAAAUGUUUAAAAUCACAACUGGGUUUGUUAUUUUUGUUACCCAAAUGGUAGGUAACUAAUUGAAUUAUAGUAUUGGGACAGACUGACAUUAUUGUGUGAUAGAUGGUGGUAAGCAUGCUGAAAUGAUGCGACCUCUGAGUAUCUUGGUUUCCAUAAACAGCAAGCCAGCCUCAAAAAUUUGUGUUUUACACGUUGAAGUCAGUGACUGAACUGCAUUCAAAGGGUACUGGUUAUAGUGAUGGUGGCUGCCUAUCGAUUUAAGUCUUGAAACUGAGCCAUACUAUGAAAGGAGAAAGAGGGGAUUUAAAAAAAUUAAUUCUGUUGGAUAGCUAUUGAUCACUUUUCUCCAUGAAAAAUGAAAUAAUCCAACAGGACAGGAGAGAUACUGUAUAUUACAGUAAGGAAAGUUGUAUAAAAUUUAAAUUUAACAGGAGUAGAUGUAUGUACCUGACAGGUAUUGCUGCCUACAUAUUUUGCAGGCAUGCUUGUGCAGUAAGAAGAGAGUUAUAACAAAUAUAUUAUUUCAGUCCCUGCAGUCAUUUUGGAGUAAUGGCCAUCUGUAUUGGUGCUAAUACUGAUCCACAGAUUCCAUCUGGAUCUUUUAAAUUUCUUCUUUUGAGCUAGUAGAUAAAUUCCAUUGAAUACACAAAAUAGUAGAAAAUAAUUAGUGACAACAAUCAAACCUUUCAAAACAAAACAGUUUAAUCCUGCUGACUGAGAGUGUAUGUAUAUGUGUAAUGUGCAUAUAAAUAUAUAUUAUAUAUUAAAUAUAUAAUAUAUAUGAAGUUAUAAAAUAUGGAAUCUUUAUUUUAAAUUACUGAAUGUAUCUUACAGGGCCGUGGGAGAGGGAUGUAUGUGUAUCUAGUAAUUUCAAGAUCCCUUUUGAAAUGAAAAUUAAAUUUUUUUUGGAAGUUCAGUUGAAAGGGCUAUUUGUUUUUGGUGCCUCUUCAGAGGUACUCAGCUAUACUAAAGAACUUACACUGUCUUGGAAGAAAUGAUCUGCUUAAACUGUUAAUCUUGAAAUUUCUGCUCUGUCAGAUCAUCAUCUUUUGCCACUUUAAUCUGUGUUAACUUGGCCAUGUAAUAAGAGUUAAUAGAUCUUGUCUCCAGAAAUAGAUUUUCUGUAUAAUAAAACAGCUAUAUAGUAAGGAGGAGCAAAGCAUUAACUUUGCAAGUUUUGCUUACAUAGAGGGAUAAAUUCCAAGUAUAAAACCAUUGACAGUUUUUCAGAUGUUUUGUGUAAUUGCAAAACAGAAAGGGGAUUUAUAUGCAGUAGCUUUUUUUAAACAGUUAAUAUUACACUUUGCAGAGGUCAGUGGGUUUUUUAACUAAUACUAGCUGUUUUUAUGUUACUGUUCUUUUUCUCUUGAAUUUGUGUACAGCUUUUGCAUAUAAUAAUCAUUUAUAAAUGGAAAAGGUUAACUAAAUAUUUAAUAUGUAGCAAACCUACCAUAUGGGAAAACAAACUCAAUGAAUGCAGAAAAUCAAGAAUUUAAACUGGUGAUAAACUAUCUUACUGUGUUGAAUGCCUUUUAAGUUAUUUAUUAGUUUAUUAAACUGUGUUUAGUGAUACGGGGGAAGAUUUGUGUACACCAGCCAAUACCUACCGCAUGCAUUCGGGAUGUCUGAGAACACCUUGCAUGAUGCUACUGGUUUCAGCUCAGUGUAGUAUUUCAGUGUGACUGGUGCUGCAAGCUUUGUUGUUUUCACACCAGCUUUUUGUAACUAAUGGGGACAAAGGCUUAACUGUGAAUUGGCCUAAAGAAUAAUAUUUGACUUUAUAGAUUCAGAUCUUAAAACAUUCCUAGGAAGUACCUUUCAGAUGAACGGUAGAAUUACAAAAUAUGACAGGUCCAGCAAUACUGGACUUCCUUAUUAGUUCAAGAUAUAUCAUUACUAAUAGAAUUAACAAGGCCAGCUUUUAAGUUAGAAUUAGGUGUUCAAUGCUAAUCCUUUGUUCAGGAAAAUAAAACAAUGUAAGUGCAAUUUGGUUUGGAUAGUGAACUUGGCUGAAGACUCUCACUAUGUAGGAGAUGUAACCUGUUGUUGCAGCCUGAAGGAGUAAAUUUUAUAUAAUGGAGAAUACUUCAAAAUAAUGUUCAACAUCAGAGUUUCUGUUGGCAUAGUUAUUUAUUCUGCAAGCUUAUAAGCACAAGUGAACUGUAGUUAUAUAGUAUCGAAUUCAGCAAAGGCAGUGAGUAGAUCAUGUAGCUGAGCUUCACAGAGCUUUUGCUGAGAGCUCAUGCUGUCUUGCUAUUCCAACGUCACACUGAUCACAAUGAAAAAUAGGCACCUGGAUGUUGCUAACAUUAAGAUCAAUGCUUCUAGCCAUUGCUGUUCCAUUGUUCUGCAGAACUGAGUGGCUGACCUUCUGGUCAGCAGUCUGAUCUGAGUGGGAGAUGGUCUUUCAUUGGAUCCAUUUAAUCCUUACAUGAAUCCAGGAGGCUUAUGAAAAACUAAAAUAAGCCUUUAAAAUGUGAAGUGACAGUGAAACUAGAGGGCCUGUAUUGCUAACAUUUUGAGCAAUUAUGAGAUAUACUUAAAAAUGUCUUUUGGGAUUGUUACUUUAAUAGUCCUGACUUCCAUAUAUAUUAUGUAAGGUUCAAAGCAGUAUCUGCUCACUUCUUUAGUAAGUUCUUUUAAAAGAGUAGCUAACAAAUUCUUUCUUCUUUUGUUUCAUGGAGAUCUUUUAUCAGCACCUGGGAGUGAAGGGAAAGCAUCUUGCAAAAGUGGAAAAACAAGUAGAAUCUGACUGAAAGCUUGAUAGUUUUUAUUCAGGUUUCUGACACAUUUUAUCUUGCUUUUUCCCCAAUGCUUAAUCAUAGAAUUCUAGAAUGGUUUGGGUUGGAAUGGACCUUAAGAGUCUUCUUAUUCUAACCCCCCUGCCAUGGGCAAUGGCACCAAACCAGGUCACUCCAAGCCCCAUCAAACUUGAUCUUGAACACUUCCAGGGAUGGGGCAUCCACAGUUUCCCUGGGGAACCUGUGCCAGUGCCUCACCACCAUCACAGGGAGCAGUUUCUACCUAACACCUAAUGUAAAUCUCCCCUCUUUUAAUUUAAAACCAUUCCCCUUGUCCUGUGACACUCUGCCUGUGUAAAAAGUUGUUCUCCCUAUUUUUUAUAAGCCCAGUUUAGUACUGGAAGGCCGCAGCGAGGUCUCCCUUAAUUUCUGAGAGAUGUAAAGCUGAAAUGUGCCUUUGGCAAAUAAUCCAUAUUUGUUUAUUUCUUCAGUUCAAACCUCCCUUUCUCGGUGAUGUGACUUCUUUAGCUUGACUUUGGUCUCUGAUCUACAGUGCUUUCCUGAUGUCCCUGCUCAGAACAAACUAGGCUAAAUUUAGUUUGGUGUUGUAUUUUGACUUCUGUUGUUUUGGUUUAAAUUAAGCUAUUUUGGAAGGAUUAGUUCCUUUAAAUAGUUUAUAUAACUUUGAAUUCCAGGUGAAACAAACUUGUUAACCAUUGUUUAAACACUGCACUUUUUUAAAGUAGGUCCCUUUAGACAAAGUGUUAAGACAGUGAUAAAUCCAAGUCUUCCAGUAAGCUCAGGGAGGUCCCAGAUCUAACACCUGGGCUAUUUCUGAGUUAAAAGAAGUUGAUUAGAAAAAGGAGAAUAAAUUAUAGCAAGUCUAUUCUUCCACUUCAUAGGUGAGAUUCUCAGGCAGCACUUGUCCUCUGAGAUACUUUCUCAAGCUAUAGGAUUUGCCAGUUUUUGAGGUCUCUUUAGCCACACAUUUUUUUCCUCUUCCAGAAUUCUCUUGCAUAAGAAUCAACAGAUUAAAUAACGGGGAAAAACAGGUUGUAUUGGUACAAGAGGACAUAAUUGUACAGAGCAACAUACUUAGAAAAAAUUAAUUUUGGUGGCAGUUGUUGUUCUCCUCCUUUGAGUCACAAGUACUGCAAAAUGGUGGAUUCUUCCUUGGGUUUUGAAAAAAUGCCACGAAGAUACAUCAACACAAUUACAUAACAUAAUCUCACUCUAUGUAAAGGUUAGCGAGUACAGAAAUUUCAGCUACCUUCAAAGGAACAAUUCAGUGUUGUACUUGGUUACAGUAACUACAUCUAAGUGGUAGUAGGGGUCUUGGAUGUAUCACAUAGAAAAUUUAAUGUGAUCUUAAAGCUGUCAGAAGACUCUGCAAGGUAAAAGGCCUUAUGCCUCUUUAUUCUCAAAACUGUGCAUUUUACAGAGAAGAUUUUGAUCAAUUUUUAAAUACUAUCUUCCUGCUUUAUCACAUGACACAAUGUGCACAUUUAUUUGACAGACACAACCCCUUCCCUCCCAGACUUAACCCCACAGUUUGUCACUAUAAAGUAACUAUAUAGUUCUAGUUAAGGUUUAAGAAUUAAAUGCACGGAGAAAACGGAAAUCUUGAAUGAGAAUGAGGCCAAAGAAAAUUAUGUGUUCUCUUGGGGAUAUCUUUCUAUUAUGGCUGAGCAAAAUCUAAUGGAGGAAGGCAACAGCAGGUUAUUUGUAUCCUAAAUCAAAUAUUAAAUGUGAAUCUUUACCAUUAUGAGUAAGACUGUUAUUUUUAGCAUCUGCAGCCUAAAUCUCAAAUGGCGAGCUAAGAGCAAUAUUUUGACCUCACUGAUAUUUACUCUAAAGAGCAUCUAGGCAACAAGUUUCUGAGGCCAAAUGUCUGAUCUUGUUAAGCAGGCUGGUGCUGCAUGGCUGGUCUGUGUUUUGGGGUGAUUUUUGUGCAAGUGCUUCUUUUGGAAGGUUUGCCAUGCUUUGUGACUUGUGCAGCACUUGCAGUGAAGUGGAUGGCAUGUCUCUUCUCCACCCCUGAAUAUUAAACUAAGAGAUCUUUCUCCUCUGGGUGAGAUCGUGAGGCCAAGAUGUUAUUUCCAGGCUGCUUUUACUGACAUCUGUAUAUGCUGCACUCAACUUUUUCCAGUCUCUCACUGUGGACUGCCAGGAGAAUAAUUCUGCACUGGACGUUGUUUUGCAUGCCAGUGUGUAAGUAUUUUUAUAACUUUGAUUUCAAUGGCGUUUUUAAUGAAAAUUAUUUUUAAUCCUAACACCAUGGAUCAUACUUUCAUUUUUUAAAUUAAUAUCAGUGCCUGCAACUAGAAGUCAAACACUUCUACACUAAUUUUUUUUAAACUUGAUGUCCAUACUGAAGUAUUCACAAGUAUACAGUUUUAUAUCGAAGUGCAAAAACCACCUGUAAAUACCAAACUUCUCCAUAUGAUCACACGUCAGUCAAGAACCUUGAUUUAUAUUUGCAGCAUUUCUCUCAUAAGUAUGCUAUCCAUGUGAGUGCUCUUUAUAAAACACACAUUUCAGUAGAGUUUUGAGUAGCUUUUUACGAACUCCUUAAUGGUAGGUCAUUACUGUUUUAUAAUGCUGCAAAAUACUUUUUAAAACCUGGCUUAAAAUUUUUGUGCUUAAAGUCAACCUUGUUCUCUCUAUUCAUAGUAAUUCAGCCUCCCAUACAUGUUCUAAGCUUCAAGAAUACAUAUUUAUAGUAUUUUUGAUAAAAACCUGGGAUGAAGAAAAAUGCACCAAAAAAUUGUAUUUCAUAAUUACCCAUGUAGUUCAUACCCAUGUCAUGAUGUGCCAACAAACAGUUUUUAUUUUUCCUGUCUUUGGUCAUUCCUUUGUCCCAUUGUUAACAAUCUUGCAUAUUUUCAGUAUGUCAGGUUUACUAGGAGGGAUAUACAUCGAGAAAUACUCUAAUGUUUCAGUCUUCCCAUUUAUGUGAGCAAAUAUUAACGUAAAGAUUUCUCAUAAGGUAGACUUGUUACAAAUUGCACAGGGAACAUCCUCCGAGUUGUAAAUAUUUUACUUUAAAUAUGUCUCUUUGUUGCUGGGAACACACAAAUUCAGUGUUGUUGUUCUGUUAAUAGUUUGGUGUUUUUUUUUUUUUUUUUUUUGUCUUUUAAGUGAAAAGCACAUAAUACUUUCUACUCUACAACAAACCUAAGAUGAAAAGACUCCCCUCCCUUCAUUUCAGUAUUUGACAAACGGGAAAGACUCUAAUAUUAUUUAUGUAAAUUCUAGCUUCCUCUUAUUGCUACAUUACUGUUAAAAUCCAAUUUUUAUAGUUACAGCUUUAAAAGUACUAAGACUGUCAUGCCUCACAGCGAAGAUGGUGUCAAGUGGCAUUUGCUUUAUAUUGAUCUGGUAUUGCAUUACCUGCUGCUUCAAAACAACUUGCCUCCUAUACUUUUAGAGGUUCAUCAGGAUCUGUGAACAGGAGAGUGCAGCACAUGUUGGAAAAGCUCUAUUUUCGGUUCAGAUUUUUUGGCUUUGUUUUUAGUGGCGUGGAUAAUACUUAGGUACAAUUACUGCAAAUAAUAAACAACCUCCAGUAACAUUGCAUUCUUUUUGUACACUGUAAAGUGCCUAAUCAUGGGUGAUCCUGCUAGCCCUGCCGUUUGCUGUGAAAUUGUUUCCAUACAGUUUUUUGGCAUAUGUAAUGUCCGUUUGUGGUUUUGAAUUAUUACACAGUGGAGGCAAAGAAGAUUUUGAAGAAAUAUUAUCCAUUCCUGUUACUUAAAUGGUAAUCUAACAGCUUUGCCCAUAUCUAACUGGUAAUUUAACACCCUGCUGCCACCUGUGCACUGUGUUUCUGGUUUUAUGAUUGAGAGAGGAUUUACAAGAUUCUGAAAGGUUGACUUACAAGUUUUGUAGUGACACCCUGGGUGUUAAUUAUACCCCAGUUGUGCAGGCACAUGGGUGACUUCCUCCAGGUAAGUUGUUCUGCUUGAGCUCAGAAAGGCUACUCUGAAGUUCACAGAGUCUGUAUGGAUUCAGAGCACAAAGAGUACCAAGUGUAGUAUGGCUGACUGACACCAAGCAAAUCAGCUCCAGAAAGUUACACUUGGUACCCUUUUGUAGAAUACUGUUAGGGUAUUGAAGAGGGAAACCACCCUUACCUUUCAAUUGCUUCUCCACCUCCAAGAAUGCAAGAACUGAAGGUGGAACCUGCCUGCUCUGGUUCAGCAGGGAAAUUAAACAAGUGAGGAAACAUCAGGUGCCUGCUCCUGAGUUAAUUAUGCAUUCUAAAUGUGAAGUGCUUCUAAGUUGAGAUGGUGUUGCCAAUUCAAAUCUACCAAAGGAAGCCUUUUUCCAAGAGAGGCUUAAAACAGCAUGUUGAGCUUUUAGCUCUAAAAUGUGGCUGUAGCAAUCCACUGUAUGUAGUACACUGUUGGGGAAAACUUGUUCUAGUAAGCUUGCUAAACAUUUCCUUACACUAUUUAUAAGAAAUCACAUUACUUUUUUUACUGUAGAGCAUUUAAGAAGCUGGUUUUGUCUUGCUCAGGCAGCAUUUUAUAUAAAUGUGAAAAUAGUAAGGAUUGGUUUGUCAUCUAAAUGCCUAAAUCCCUUUAACAACAGUCAGUUUUGCAAAGUCGAAGCAAGGUUAUACUUUCUUACUCCCUUUUCAUUGUGCCGAAAUGUUAUAGUUUAACUUUGCUUUUAUAAUGCACACAUUAUUAAAAUUAAUUUUAUAUCUAUUAGUUGUUAAUGGUAAUACCACAGCAAAUCUACGAGAAACUGUGAUAUCUGCUGUAUAUCAACUGGCCCCAUCAACUUGCUUGCCUUUGUAAAGCAUUGAUCCAUGUUGGACAUUUAAUGUCUACUGCAGUGAUGCUCUUAUAGUAUUUUAGUAUCCCUACAUGUACUCUGCAUGUCUUGCACUUGUGCACUGUAAAAGACUGUUUUACAGUACUUUAGGUUGAAAAAACCCCUUUCAUUAUUUUAUAUAGUAUUUCCCAUAUCCAAAAUAGGACAAUUUCUAAAGCCAAAGAUCAAUAAAUGUUUAUUGUCUAUCA